AUGUCGAUAAAAGAGGAUUUGGCCGAGAUGUCGGGAGACAGUCUAUCGUGUGCAGGAGAUGGUGAUGAGGAAGAACACAACAUCUUAUUGGAAGUUCUUAAAGCGGACUCGUCUCUAAAGAGCAAAGCGAAACGCAACGAGUGGACUUGGAAAGCUCAAACUGAUGUCGUCAAAUGGCAAGCUACGCCCCUGCGUGCUCCAUUACUUCGUCUUCCCGCAGCAUUAGCUCCACCGGCCUUAGAAUGCUUUACAUGCGUAAGGGCAUACUGUGGUGAUUUGCAACCACCAGAAAGAGCUAUGCAUCAGGAUUUGACUGAAGUUAAAUGUGUCUACACUGUUCUUAUGCAUUGCCACGCAGUCCCAGAACUCCGUGAUGAAGUCUACUGUCAACUGAUGAAGCAGACCACGUCAAACAGAUCCGCCACACCAGACUCAUGCCAGCGUGCUUGGAGACUCAUGUCAAUUCUUGCUGCGUACUUUACCUGCUCAGAUACACUCAGGCCAUUCUUAGUGGAAUACUUGUCAGCGGCGGCAGCUGAUCGGCGAAGACCCUGCCAAGGAACUGCAGCAGUUUGUCUCGCUAACUUCAGGAAAACCGUCCGAUGUGGCGGACGCAAGAAUGUGCCUAGUAUUGAAGAGGUUACAGCAGUAUCAGCCGGUCGCUCAGCCCGUCGCCAGCUGUACCGACUGCCAGGCGGCGCAGAACGAGUUGUCAACACACGUUGCGCGACUACCGUACAGGAUAUUGUUGAUGAGCUAACGGAACUGAUCGGCGUCCGUAGCGAAGCAGAACGCGCCGAAUUCUCUCUAUAUUGCAUUGUCUCCGGUGACGCACUGACCAUGCCUUUGGCCAGUGACGAGUACGUCCUAGACGUGACCACUGAGCUCCAGCGAGCUCAUCACCCCUUUUACCUGAUCUUCUGCCGGUCAGUGUGGCACCACCCUCUGAGGACCGACGCCCCACCGCUGUAUACUGAAGUGCUUUUUAACCAGGUGGCGCCGGACUACCUGGAAGGUCUUCUGCUAGUUCUUCCAGGAGGUGGUCCACCAGCAGCCAACGUUAUCCGUGACGCAGCCUCAGUGGCUGCCCUACUCCAUAGAGCUGCAGGCCUGGCUGAACCCCCACAUCCGAGAGACCUGAAGUUCCUCCUCCCGAAACCUUUACUGGCAUUACGAGACCCCAGACCAAACAAAUGGGCCUCCUGGGUAACUGCCGAGUGGCCCCAAGCUAGAGCUCUGUCUCCGCAGGCUGCUAAAUCCAAAGUACUCCAGGUACUAUCCCGUUGGGCCCUAUUCGGGUCGUCGUUCUUCGCCGUCCGUCGCGUAGGUGGAGGGGGCACGGGUGGCGAAUGGCGCGAGUUCGUCCUAGCUCUGAACAGACGCGGCGUACAUCUGCUGCACCCACACACCCACGAUACGGACACACACUGGCCGCACGCGGAACUCAUUUCUACUAGAAAGGUGCGUUCCGAAGAUGGCACCCUAUUCUUGGACGUGAAGUGUGGAUCACUACUGCAACAGAGAGUCACACGCCUUCAAGCAGAACAGGCACACGAGAUCGCUCGUCUCAUACGACAGUACAUCGCACUACAGAGGGAGAGACAUGAUACUGAUAUGAACAGCCAGUAG